AUGUAUUGGAGAAAUACUUGGUUGAAAGGAAGUGUUUAUCCUUCUUGCGAGUCACUUCAGCUUGCUGAAGGUAUGUUGGUAUCGCAUGACCUAUAUGCUCCUGUGCAAUAUGUGAAACAAAUUAUAUAUCAGCAGAUUUGCUAUCAAAAUCAGAUACCGAUGUUAAAUACGAAUGUGGGUUUGGUUAUUGAUAAGUUCAGUUUACCUUUACCUGUGGUUCAACAAUCGUGGCAAGCGUUUACCCGAGAUAAUGCUAGAGGAACAUUCGCAUAUAGUGUAACAUCAAUUAUAUAUGCGUUGUCAGUACUGGGUGUCAUUACUUGGUUUUUUACAUUAUUUGUUUUAACCAACUACACUAUCAAACCAUCAUUCAUACUACAAGCCUCAACUUCAUUGUCUUCCGUAUAUAUAUUAAUUGUGGUCAUUAAAUCUAUUAUAAUUUUGCAUGAACAACAACGAGAAGGGUUUUUGCAUGGUGCACAAUUACUUGAUCAAAUUAAUGCAAGUAGUGUUGUGAACAUUGCUGAUUUUAUAGUGGUAUUGUUACUCCAAAUCAAUCAAGUCCAAGUGAUAAUGAGAAUAUUUCUGAGACAGAAAGAUAAGAGAUUGGCAUUUUUUGUAGGGUUGAUUGCAUCAAUAACAUCGCAAACAAUAUGGGGUGUUACGAAAUUUCAUACCUUUAACAAUAAUAACGAAGCUGGGGAUAUCUUGCCAGCUUUUAUUUAUUUGGUACGUAUUGCUAUGGGUUUAUGUUACGCUGCCAUCAUAAGUGUAUUUCAAAUCAGUAAAAUCCAUUAUAUCAUAGCUAAUAAGAGUAUAUGGCUACUUUCAUUAUUGACAUUUAUACUUAUCUAUACCCCAGUUGCAUUCUUCAUUGCAGAUGUAUCAAAUGCAUUUGUUUACGAAUUGUCGGAAAUAUUUUCAGUGGUUUCUUAUGUUAUUUGUGUGGUUAUACCGUGGGAAUGGUGUAAUAAAUUUAAUGCAAUAAUGAAGGUUAAGGAAAAGGAAGGGGUUCUCGGUAGACGGUUCUACGAGGACGAAUUAUAUGAGUUGGAUAGGUUUCAAUUAUUUGUGGAAGAGGAUUCAGAUCCUGAUGAACCUACAGGUGACAAUGAUGAGUCAAAUACACAGCCAAAUGUCUCAAAUGUUAAUACAGCGGAAUCUGCUGAACAGACAGAACCAGAACGGAAACCACAAACUUCAAAAACGAACAAGGUUGUUUCAGGGUUUAAUAAAACUAAACAUGUAUUUUUAACCUUGACCGAUAAUAUUAUUGCAGCUGGUUUUGCAAUACCGAGAUCAGUUAGUGUCUCUACUUCAGUAGAAGUGAAAAAUAGGAAUAAUCAUUUGGAAGAAAUUGCACCUCAACUAUCUAGCUCUCGGUUUCACCGAAAUGAAGCAGAUCAUAUUCGAACUAAUGAUGAAGUAACCGUUGAAAAUUCUAAUUUUGAGACUACAAAUGUGACACAGCAAGGAAGUUCAAGAAAUAGACGUAAUGUUUAUGUAUAUUCUAGAAAGGAAGUAGUUAUAGAUUUCUCGGAUGACGAGUAA